AUUCUCUAGUGGAGAAAAAAAAAUUAAAAAUAAUAAAACAGGAAAAGGUAAAAAAACAAACUAAAAUAUUGUUUUACGACUUUUAUAUCUACUCAAGCAAACUACUGUCAUAAUUUGUCUGAGAAAUUAAUCGAAGAAAAAAAAACACAUGAGAGGAAUCAUCGUCGUAAGCUUCUUAGUUUUACAAAGUCUCAUCGUGUUUUCGUCACCAUCACCACCGGACUUCAAUUUCUUCUACUGGGUCACCUACUGGCCAGGAGCAAUAUGUGAUAGUCAAAAAGGAUGUUGUCCUCCACCGAAAGGCAAUACGGCGUCGGAUUUCAUGAUCCAUGGACUCUGGCCUCAGUUCAACAAUGGCACUUGGCCUGCUUUUUGCGACCAAACCAAUCUCUUCGAUAUCUCCAAGGUAUCAGAUCUAGUAAACAAAAUGGAGAAGAAGUGGACAGAGUGGGGAGUUUGGUCAUGUCCAAGCAACGAGACCAAGCUAUGGGAACACGAAUGGAACAAGCACGGCACUUGUGUUCAAUCUGUCUUCGACCAACAUUCUUACUUCCUCACCAAUCUCAAAUUCAGACAAAAAGUCAAUCUCCUCAACAUCCUUAAACAUAAAGGAAUUAAACCGGAUGGUGGAUUAUACGGUUUAGAUGAGAUCAAGAACGCCAUCAAGUGCGCUAUUGGAUUUGCACCAGGUAUAGAGUGCAAUGAAGAUGUAAAAGGGACAAAGCAGCUUUUCCAGAUCUACAUAUGUCUUGACAAUUACGCUAAAGUGUUUGUGGAGUGCCCGUAUGUUCCGGAUAAAUCAUGUGCUUCAAAGAUCAAGUUUCCAAAGUUCCCAAAGAAAGAUUCUCUUGGUGAGACUCUAAGUGUGAUAUCUUCUGUUUAAAACAAAGAGAGUAUUGUGUUUCAAUAAGAGAGUGAAUGUAAGAUACUCCGCAUAACUAUAAUGAGUGUGAUGAGUCUUUGAAAAGAGAGUUAAGAACAUACUAGUAUUAUGGUAAGAACCCAUGUUGCUUAAUUGCAAUUUCAAAGGCUUGCAUUCUUUCACCUCGAGCAUUUCCAUUUCGAUCAUAGGAUGAUAUCUCGCUGAUCUUGAGGUCUAUAGAAGCCUUGAUGAGCUCUUCUCCAACCCGUUUCGCUGCUUCCUGUAAAACACAUUAAUAUGAACAGACUCGCUUUGCAAAAAGACAAAAGUAAUCACUUUAAAGGUUUGAGUUUC